GUUUCAUACUCUAGCGUAUGCAAGUUAGAACGCGCAUUCAAUCGCGAAACAGGUUUUCCGACACGAUGGAAACUUUUUACAACAACGGGUCCGAUGACACUUUUCUGCAAGCCAAGUGGAACCUCCUGUUGGAUACAAUUGGUGAUGAUCCUGAAUUCCUGUACGUGUGGGCUCUCACAACGUGGGUGAAUGGUUUCUUCUGGCUGUUUGGCGGAUUGUUUGUAUUGAUGGAUAUCUUCAACCGUCCCCGGUGGCUGCGUAAGUACAAAACACAACCCGGAACGAACGAACCACUCGAGUGGACCGGAUUGCUACGAGUUAUGAGAACGAUUUUGUUCAAUCAAACGGUGAUUGGAAUCCCGCUAACCUACAUCGGAUUUCACACGGCAGGUAAGUUGAAUCUUCCGAACGUUCGCAUCCUGCCGAGCAAGUUCGAAGUAGCACGAGAUCUGGUGGUGUGUUUGUUCUUCGCGGAGAUUGGAUUCUACUACGUUCAUCGGUUCCUGCAUCUACGACCGCUGUAUCGAUUUGUACACAAGAUACACCACGAGUGGACGGCUCCGUUCGCUUGGACCGCCAUGUACUGCCAUCCGAUGGAGCAUGUCAUCAGUAAUAUGGUUCCACCGAUUAUCGGAAUUCAUCUCAUGAAGAGCCAUCUGGCGACGGCUGCCCUCUGGUUCUCGCUGCUCAUCAUCAACACCGUACGCGAUCACUGCGGGUACCAUUUACCAUUCUUCCCCAGUCCGGAGUAUCACGACUAUCAUCAUGCCAAGUUCACCGAAUGCUUCGGCACAUUCGGUUAUCUGGAUUGGCUGCAUGGAACGGAUAAGCAAUUUCGAAAAAGUAAACAACACUUGCGACACAGGUUUCUCUGGAGUACCAAGUCGGCGCGGGAACUCGUUCCGGAUAAGUGAGUGUUUAGAAUCGAACUGAAUAAGGGUAAAGUAAAAGUCAUCCUAGUUGAAUUUGAGCAGAAUAAAGAAGUU